CACGCCUUUUCACGCGGCACAAGAUCGACUACUGCUCCGAGAUCACCGCGUGCGCCGACGGCUGGCAGCCGAGCGCGGACGGCCGGGACUGCGACCCGAGCCCGACGCCCGCGCCGACGGCCGCGCCCGUGCCGGCGCCGACGCCCGCGCCGACGCCCCGACCCACGGUGGUCUGCGCGAGCGUCGCCUUCACCGCCCGCGUCGUCGCGAACUCGGCGGACGGCGCCUACUCCGUCUUCGCCAUCGACGUGGACGGCGACGGCGACGUCGACGCGCUGUCCGCGUCCGUCGACGACGACACGGUCGCCUGGCACGAGAACGACGGAUCCCAGGCGUUCGCGGAGCGCGCCAUCACCACCCUGGCGGACAGCGCCGUCACCGUCUUCGCGAUCGACGUCGACGGCGACGGCGACGUCGACGCGCUUUCGGCCUCCUUCAACGACGACACGGUCGCGUGGUACGAGAACGACGGGUCCCAGGCCUUCGCGGAGCGCGUCAUCACCGGCUCGGCGGAGGGCGCCUGGGGCGUCUUCGCGAUGGACGUCGACGGCGACGGCGACGUCGACGCGCUGUCGACGUCUCAAGACGGCGACCGGUCCGUCUUCGCCAUCGACGUCGACGGCGACGGCGAUGUCGACGCGCUCUCGGCGUCCUGGUACGACGACACGGUCGCGUGGUACGAGAACGACGGCUCCCAGUCCUUCAGCGAGCGCGUCAUUACGACGCUCGCGGACGGCGCCCAGUCCGUCUUUGCGAUCGACGUCGACGGCGACGGCGACGUGGACCCGCUGUCGGCAUCGCGAAUCGACGACACCGUCGCGUGGUACGAGAACGACGGGUCCCAGUCCUUCGCGGAGCGCAUCAUCACGACGCUCGCGGACUUCGCCUGGUACGCCUUCGCCAUCGACGUCGACGGCGACGGUGACGUGGACGCGCUCUCGGCAUCUUACCGGGACGACACGGUCGCGUGGUACGAGAACGACUGCGGCACGUCCGCGCCCUCCGCGGCGCCGUCCGCGACCCCCGCGCCGACGGCGAGCAAACCGCCGACGUCGCACCUUUUCCAGGCCACGCUGGUUGCGCACUACUCCUUCGAUGACGGCGAAGCCAUGGACGAUUAUAAUGGCUUCGACGGGACGAUCAGCGGCGCGACGGCGACGACGGGCCGCGACGGGAGCGGCGCGCUGUCCUUCGACGGGACGGACGACUACGUCGAUUUCCCGGCGGCGGUGACGGCGGACAUCCUCGGAGACGCCGCGCGCACCGUGUGUCUGUGGGCGGUGAUCGACAACUUUGACUCGCACGCGUCGAUCUUCUCCUACAACUCGAACGCCGGCGGGAAGCGAUUCGCCCUCGAGGUCAUGACGGACGCCGCGACCUUGCGCUGCAACGGCUACAACGGCGCGUGGAACCAGGAGUUCGUCGUCGCCGGCUCCGACGACGGCGGCUGGCACCACUACUGCAACACCUUCGACGAGACCGUCUGGACGCUCUACUUUGACGGCGUCGAAGCCGGCAGCUUCACGCCCUCGACCCUGGACACCGGGGCUGACUACCCGCUUUCCAUCGGAUCUCAAAUUGGCUCCGGCGGCCGCGUCCGAUACUUCACGGGCUCCAUCGACGAGGUCUACGUCUACUCGAGCGCGCUCGACGCGGCCUCGAUCCAGGCCCUCUACGACGCCGUCGAGGCCGUGGCGACCGUGACGCCGCGGCCGACGCACGUGUCCCACUCGACGCUGCUCGCGCACUACUCCUUUGACGACGGCACGGCCGCCGAGGACAGCGACGGGAACCUCGACGGGACGAUCAGCGGCGCGACGGCGACGACGGGCCGCGACGGGAGCGGCGCGCUGUCCUUCGACGGGACGGACGACUACGUCGAUUUCCCGGCGGCGGUGACGGCGGACAUCCUCGGAGACGCCGCGCGCACCGUGUGUCUGUGGGCGGUGAUCGACAACUUUGACUCGCACGCGUCGAUCUUCUCCUACAACUCGAACGCCGGCGGGAAGCGAUUCGCCCUCGAGGUCAUGACGGACGCCGCGACCUUGCGCUGCAACGGCUACAACGGCGCGUGGAACCAGGAGUUCGUCGUCGCCGGCUCCGACGACGGCGGCUGGCACCACUACUGCAACACCUUCGACGAGACCGUCUGGACGCUCUACUUUGACGGCUUUCCUUCGGCCGUGACGGCGGACAUCCUCGGGAGCAGCGCGCGCACCGUGUGCCUGUGGGCGCGCCUCGAGGAGUGGGGCAGCGGCACGCUGUUCUCGUACGACUCGAAUGAUUCAGGGGGGCGGUUCAGCGCCCAGACGGAGUCGACGAGCGGGGAGUUUAAGUUGAACGGGUACGGAUCGAGCUACGACAUCAAAAACAUCGCGGUAUCUGGAUCCGAUGACGGCGACUGGCACCACUACUGCCACACGUACGACGGAACGGACUGGGUGGUCUACUUCGACGGAACGGUGGUGCACACCGAGACCAUGGCCUUGAACACCGGCUCCGACAACUCAUUGACGCUCGGAGUGCGCUACUCGGGAUACUACACCGGCUACUUCGACGGCUCCAUCGACGAGGUCUACGUCUACUCGAGCGCGCUGGACGAAACCUCGAUCCAGGUCCUCUAUGCCGCCGUCACGGCCGCGCCGACGGUGACGCCGCUGCCGACGCACGUGUCCCACUCCACACUGGUCGCGUACUACUCCUUCGACGACGGCACGGCCGCCGAGGACAGCGACAGCAGCCUCGACGGCACCAUCAGCGGCGCGACGGCGACGACGGGGCAGUACGGGGUCGGCGGCGCGCUGUCCUUCGACGGGACGGACGACUACGUCGAGUUUCCUUCGGCCGUGACGGCGGACAUCCUCGGGAGCGCCGCGCGCACGGUGUGCCUGUGGGCGCGCCUCGAGGAGUGGGGCACCGGAACGCUGUUCUCGUACGACUCGAAUGAGUCAGGGGAGCGGUUCGGCUUCAUGACGGAGUCGACGGCCGGGGAGUUUAUCCUACUCGGGUACGGGUCGGGCUACGACUCCCGAGACAUCGCGGCAUCCGGCUCCGACGACGGCGACUGGCACCAGUACUGCCACACGUACGACGGAACGGACUGGGUGUUCUACUUCGACGGGACGGUGGUGCACACCGAGACCGUGGCCCUGGACACCGGCUCCGACAACUCAUUGACGCUCGGAGUGCGCAACUCGGGAGGCUUGAGCGGCUACCUCGACGGCUCCAUCGACGAGGUCUACGUCUACUCGAGCGCGCUCGACGCGGCCUCGAUCCAGGUCCUCUACGCCGCCGUCACGGCCGCGCCGACGGUGACGCCGCUGCCGACGCACGUGUCCCACUCCACACUGGUCGCGUACUACUCCUUCGACGACGGCACGGCCGCCGAGGACAGCGACAGCAGCCUCGACGGCACCAUCAGCGGCGCGACGGCGACGACGGGCCGCGACGGGGUCAGCGGCGCGCUGUCCUUCGACGGGACGGACGACUACGUCGAGCUUCCUUCGGCCGUGACGGCGGACAUCCAAGGGAGUAGUUCGCGGACCGUGUGCUUGUGGGCGGCGAUCGAUUCCUUCAGCAGCGACGGGGGGCUCUUCGACUACGGGUCCUACUCAAAUUAUGAGAACUUUGCGCUCCAGGUGCAUGGCACGAGCGCGAGUCUCAAAGUCCAGCUCUGGGGCGCCGACACGGACGUCGCGCUGUCGGGGUCCGACGACGGCGGUUGGCACCACUACUGCCUGACCUACGACGGGUCGGCAUGGUACCUCUACUUCGACGGGUCGCAGGCGGCGACGGCGACCGUGGCGGUGAACACGGGCUCGGACUACGCGCUCCGCCUCGGGCAAUGGACAGGGGGGGACUACCUCGACGGCUCCAUCGACGAUGUCUACGUCUACUCGAGCGCGCUCGACGCGGCGUCCAUCCAG